UGGGGACGCACUGGACGCGCCUGUGUUGCUCCCAACGUUCCUCAACUGUAUCGAAGUCACGUCGGCCACUCAGUGUUCAAAAGUUUCCAAGUUGAUCUCCGCAGUUGCCGGAUAGACGGAUUUCAAGUGCAUCUGAACUAUGGAUAUUGAGAUAACUUGAAACUACGGAGUAAACUGGGCCACGAAAGUCAUUCACCUACUUGGGACGCUGAACACACAAUGUUAUUGCAAUGACGUCGAAGCAAUAUGGCCAUUUCUACUCGUCUGUCUAUUGGAAAAUGCGGUAUAUACGCAUUUUUGAUUAUCAUUCAUACUCGGAUACUGCAAGGAGAAGAGCAAACACAAUGUCCGAGUCUGGCAGAGAAUCCUAUAUGCCCGUGCUAUAACUUCAAAGAAGGGUUAUUUUUAGAAUGUCCGAGUGCAACGGCUGGGGUUGUGAGAAAUAUAAUAUCAAAGAUUCAAGGAUCAAUUCAUUCAUUAUCGAUCUAUGAUCUCGAAAGUACCACCACCGAACUUAAGUCGGAAUUGUUUCCACCAAACACCAAAAUAUUCAACUUACAAAUAUCGCAAUCAAAUAUAAAUAAAAUAAGUUCCGAUGCCUUCUCACUACUGCGGGAUUCGUUGAUGUCUUUGAGCAUCAUUUCCAGUAAAUUAAACAGAAUUCCACAUGAAUCUUUUUUCGAGCUGUACAAUAUUGAAUCACUUGAUUUACAACUCAACGACAUCAAAGAAAUACAAGCAAACACUUUCCGAAAUCUCAGAUUGAAGAAACUAAAUUUGAAGGGAAAUAAAAUUGUCAAUAUUUCUGAAAAUGCAUUUUACAAUUUGGAAGAAUCACUCACAGAACUCGAUUUGACGGAGAAUUUUCUCGAUAUUUUUCCCUUGCAACCUUUGGGCCGAUUAAACAAACUAAACAAUUUAAGGCUAGCAUGGAACAAAAUUCAUUCAAUACCAGAUAAUUUAGAUAUUACUAUUCAACAUUUAUUAACCUUAGAUUUGAAUUCGAACUCGUUUACUGUUAUAGAAAAAAAUUGGUUUCGAUGUAUGCCAAAGAUAAGAACGUUAACGUUUUUUAGUAAUCAAAUUCAGAAAAUACAUGAAGAAGCAUUCAAUUCACUGGUUGAUCUUGAAACUGUUGAUCUGAGUCGUAAUAAGAUUAUUAAUAUUGAUAAAAAUAUUUUUCAAAAGAAUUUGAAAAUUCGCACUAUAGACCUCAGUUACAAUCACCUUCAUCAUAUUAAAGGUUUAUUUUCAAAUCUUCAUCACCUAUCUGAAAUAUUUUUGUCUGAAAAUAAUAUUUUAGAAAUACCAGAAGAUGCAUUUAAAAAUACAAUAAGCUUAACAGUUCUCAAUUUAGAACAUAAUGCUUUACAAAAAUUAGAUCCAAAUUGCUUUUCUUCAUUACAAAACUUGACUCAACUACAUAUGGGAACAAAUUUUUUGAAAAAGCUUCCUCGUAAUAUUUUUCAUUACAAUCAUAAAUUAGUAACUUUAAGUUUAGAUAAUAAUGAAAUAAACGAAUUAGAUGAAUUAGUGUUUGAUAAAUUGGUGGAACUGAAAGAAAUCCGUUUACAAAAUAAUAAAUUAGGUCACAUUAAACGGAGUGUAUUUAGCCCACUACCUGAACUUUUAGAAUUGCAUUUACAAAACAAUGUAAUACAAACUAUAGAUUCCCAUGCAUUUAUUACACUCAGACAUUUACAACAUAUAAAUUUGCAAGCUAAUCGUUUGACUGCUAUUGGGGAUGUAUUCCCGAAUAGAAAUUCUUCACUUGUAUCCAUUCAACUUGGUGUAAAUUAUUUAUCGUUACUAAAAAAUAGCUCUCUUAGAGGGCAAGUAAAUGUGCAAAUAAUGUGGCUCAGCCAAAAUAAUAUUAAAGUAUUAACUUCAAAUUUAUUCAAUGAUUUGUUAAGUAUUCAAAGGCUGUAUUUAAAAAAUAACAGUAUUGUACAUAUAGAAAAUAAGACUUUUAUGCAUUUAAAAAAAUUAAAGUACUUAGAUCUAAGUAAUAAUAAGCUAGUAAAACUGAACAAUGAAACUUUUUAUAAUCUUGUAACGCUAGAAGAGCUUUAUCUUCAGCACAAUUUUAUAAAUCAACUUGCCAAAGACACUUUUAAAUAUUUUAUAAGAUUGAAAAUAUUAGAUUUGUCACACAAUGAGAUUAUUGUAUUAGAUUUUGAUAUUUCAUCGCUGCCUAUUAAACAACUCCGACUUAACAAAAAUUCAAUUUCCAUAAUCGAAGCAGACUCACUGAAAACUUUGCCAAACUUAAGUGACUUAGAAAUGAACAAUAAUCUCUUGACUUGGGAAGAUAUUAUUCAAGUUCAGAUACCUGGAUUGAAAUCACUCAUUAUAGCUAGAAAUAAUUUCAAUGUAUUGGAAAAUAAAACAUUCUCUCAUUUACCUUCGUUACAAACUUUGUCAAUGGAAAUGUCGAACAUAUCCCAAUUGCCCUCAGCAACAUUUAUUAAAAAUCAGAAUUUAUUACGAAUAAACUUGGCAUACAACAAUCUGAAAGAUUUACACAAAGAUGUUUUUGCCUAUACAACAAUAUUGCAAGAAUUGAAUUUAAAGGGCAAUAAUUUUACAGAAUUUCCACAUGUAGCAUUAUUUAAUAUCACCUCUCUGGAGAUAUUAGAUUUAUGUCAUAACCAAUUGCACAGUAUUGACUUCUUUAAAUUUGUGGGUCUGCAAAAUUUAAGGAUAUUGAAUUUGUGUGACAAUCGCAUUUCUAUUUUAAACGGAUUCACCUCUCCUAGCUUACGGAAUCUUGUAACAUUAAAUAUGAGUAAAAAUAAGUUAACUGUCAUUCCUCCAAAUUUUUUUCAACAUUCAUCGAUGCUAAAAGAAAUAGACUUGUCCGAAAAUCUUUUUAAACAUAUACCUAGUGCUGGAAUAUCGGAUUCCAUACUACCGGCUCUCACAACCUUAAAUAUGUCAUCUAAUCUUUUUAAACAGUUGUUUCAAGUACACCCAACUAGAUUAUAUCCCGUCAUGGAAGAAUUGGUUAUAAUAAAUACAAACUUAACUAUAAUAACGAGCAAAGAUUUUGAAAACUUUCCGGUACUAAAAAAAUUGGUUCUCAAGAAAAAUUCAAUAGAACGGCUAUCACCAGGUGCAUUUUCUAAGUUGCACAGUUUAGAAAAGCUAGAUUUAAGUCACAAUAAACUAGAAAAUAUUCCUAGAGAGAGACUUCAAGGAUUAUAUUUAGUACGGAUUGUCAAUAUUUCAAAAAAUGUAAUACGGGAUUUGGAAGAAUUCACAUCGGAUUUACAAAACUUACAAAAGUUGGAUAUCUCGUGUAACCAUAUAUCAAAGAUUAAUAAAGACAUCUUCCGGGGCUUGCAAAGCCUCACAGAACUUUACUUAAGCAACAAUUGGCUGUCCGCUAUAUCCUCAGAUGCCUUCCAAAAUUUGAAUAAACUCACACUUAUAGACUUGAGCCACAACUACUUUGAAGUAUUCCAGAUGAAGAUGAUAUUAACAAUAGAAACACAAGUGAAGACUUUAUCUUUGGAUGAAAAUCCAUUAACAUGCAACUGUGAAUCGCAAGAUAUUUGGAAAUGGAUGCAAGAUCACUAUAAAAUUGUGUUAAAACGUAGCAGUAAUUUGCGCUGCGAACAUCCGGAAGAAUUGCACGGUUAUAGUUUCAUCGAACUCCCCGCUCAGAGACUGUGUGACAUGCCUAUAGUAAUCCGGGUCGCCAUACAAGAUAUUCAGACAUAUUCCGUAGUUGUCUCAUGGCAAAGUCGCAACCAAAGUGGCUUAACUGGAUAUCAAGUGGCUUACUUCAGUGAACAAUCCCCAAGUAUCAUACGAGGGAAGCUCUUGAACGCGACAGCCCGAUCCACGAGAUUGAAUCACUUGACGCCCGGCUCCCGAUACACAGUGUGCGUAUUAGCAGUCGGCAACUUUGGCAUUUCGUCCUCUGCCACCUCGUCUGUACCCGACGCCAGAAUAGCUCCCUCCUUUGAUAAUCCAAGCAUUCCAUACGGAGACGAACAAAUAUUCAACCACCUACGGUCUUACAUGAACGACUCUCUGACUAGCAAAUGUUCCACAGUUACAACUAUAGAACUAUUUAGCACGGCUUUAGACAGCCCAUUUUCUAAUACUUACAUGGGAAUAGCUGACAUUUUAACAAGAAGACUUAGCUUGGUUGUGGGAUGUUGUAUUGGAUUCAUAGUUUUCGUUGUAUUAGUGUCCGCUUUAGGCUACAUAAAGACUAAGAAACGUCCGGUUGUGGCGAAAGCUGAAGUGCAACAGCCUCCCCAAUACAUUUCCUACGAUAACUUCAAUACUCCUACCGUCGAAGUCCAAACUACCGACAUGGAUAUCAAUACUAUUGCGGACAAGACGAAGCCGCAGUGCAAACACGAGUAAACGAUAUUGUAUGUGCAAACAUAGGUCGGAAGUUUCAACAACUUAAAGAGCGAUAUGGGUACGGAUUUUUCCAAUUUGAUUCCCUCGUGAAUAGGAUGCCACUCAAGCUGAGAUGAAACCUUUUAUACCUUCAUCGUCUUUGAAACUUCUUUCACGAGUUUGGCAGACAGAAAUGAAUUAUUGCAACUACGAGCUAUCAAUAACGAAAUGUGUGAUAAUCGAAAAACUUUGUCGUCAGUGAUGUACCUUCACGAAGAAAUAAUUUAUCUGUGCGUCAUUAAAAUUAUUAUGUAGGUAUAUUUAUUUAGAUCAGAAGUUUAAAACUUAAGUAUGUUUUGCUAUUAAAUUAUUCAAUUUCAUUUGCGUAGUCCGUUCCUUUAUGCAUUCAAGUAAUUUUUCUCGGCAAGCAAGAGCGCUCUAGAGCCUUGAAAAUAAAAUAUUUGAUCUCUGAAACACACAGAAUACUUGAUAUUAUUUUGCAUUUUAUGAUGUUUCUUUAUAUGUAUCCACACAUUAGGAACGUACCAUCUGAUUCAUAAACUUUAUCAUUGAUUCGCCAAAAUGGUUAUUCCUCUGAAAACCCCUAAGAGUGAGGAUUUAAGUUUGUAUUAUUUAUAACUAUUAAAAGUGGUCCUAUUUAUUAUGUUGAUGACUUUGAAAAGUUUAUUUUAAUCUAAGGCAUAGGUGUACCUAAUAAAUAGUAUUUAAAUACAAUGAAGCUGUGUUAUAUUACACUUUAAUGGCAAGUUUGGUAGAAAUUACAUUGUAAAAUAAAAACUUUGUGAAAAAUAUAUACUACUUAUAAAAAGGAAUUACCGAAAAGUUACUUUAGUGACUAGGAUAAGAUCGUGUAAAUGAGCGAAAAUAUCAGACUUGUUUAGAUUAAUUAACACUGUACCAAAUUCUGUUGAUAUAUGUUUUAAUUGAAUUGAAUUUUGUUAAAU